UGUAGCUACCCCGCCAAAACAACGUACAUAGAGGCAGCUUCGAUGUUCACAGCCUUGCUACCUAUUUUUUUCUAAUACACAUUUCACACACACAGUGGACCAGAAUAUCCCAAAACAAAGCAUUCAACAUUCUCAGUCUAUAAUAAUUCUACUCCUCAGGCGCCCAACCAUAUUCCAUAUUUUUCACAACAUAGCCAACGGAUUAAGGUACAACUACUUGACCAUAGGCCCCAAUUUCUUGAGCGCCGGCAUGAUGGCAGCCGAUCAGCACAUCCUUACCUUCUUUACCGCCAUGGACAACCAGGGUAGUAUUAUUGUCAGAGAUGCUCCGAAGCUGGACCUUGAUCUAUACAUUUCUAAUUACAAAGGCCGUACCCGUUUCGACCGAUUAUUGUUAAUUGGCCAAUGCUCCGUACCUCUAUGCGUCGAUGCCCUCAAAGCUGCCAUAGCCGAAGCCAAGCGUGGAAAAGAUGUCCAACGAUACCGCGAUGCCUAUGAAUACAUUCGUGUUGCUGCACCCGACGAACCUGAGGCUAAAUGGGACGAUGCCUGGGUCACGGCAACAGGGAAAGCCAAUAAGGCAGAAACUCACCGACUUGAAACCGAGCUUAAGGGCUAUAAAAAUAAUUUGGUGAAAGAGAGCAUUAGGAUUGGUCACCGCGAUCUUGGCGAACACCUCGAGUCUAUUGGAGAUCUUAACGGGGCCUCGGAUACCUAUAUCAAGAUGCGACCCGAUGCCAGUACACAAUCUCAUAUCCAAGACGUAGGCAAGCAUAUCAUUAGUAUUAUGCUGCAGAAGCGAGACUGGGCCGCAGUUCUAGCAAAUGCGAAUAAGGUCCUGGCUAUGAGCCCAGGAAGCAACGAGCAGAAUACCGAGCAACCUUAUCAGAAGAUGAUUUAUGGUCUCGCCCAACUCGGGGAAGGUCGAUAUUACGAUGCUGCUAAGAGCUUCCUCGAAGUUGGUGAUCCGAUCAGCUGUCAGGCACAUAACGACGUCGCUAGCCUAAAUGACGUCGCCACAUAUGGCGGGCUUCUUGCACUCGCUUCGAUGGACCGAUUAGAGCUACAGACUCGAGUUCUGGAUAGCUCUAGCUUUAGAAAUUACCUAGAGCUAGAGCCACAUAUCCGCAAAGCUGUCAGUUUGUUCGUCAACGGACGAUACUCGGCUUGCUUGGGAAUACUCGAGUUAUACCGAAAUGAUUACCUUCUCGACAUCUAUCUCCAAGCACACGUUCCUGCGAUUUUCUCGCAGAUUCGCAGCAAGUGCAUUGUUCAGUACUUCGUGCCAUUCUCAUGUGUCACCUUGGAAAGUCUAAAUGCAGCCUUUGCCAAACCCGGAGAGUCUAUUGAACGAGAGCUCAAGAAUAUGAUCAGAACAGGUGCUCUAAAUGCUCGCAUUAACACCAUUGACAAGCUUCUUGUUGCCGUCUCCACCAACUCUAGAGCAGUUAUGCAGAAGAAGGCUCUGGAUUCCGCCAAUAACUAUGAAAAGGAAGUCCUAGAGAGAAUUCGUCGGAUGAACAUCGUAGCGGCUGACCUAGAGGUCAAAGGCACUAGAAAGGCUGCUGGCGCAGGAGGCGGUAAUAUCCCCGGCGUAGGCGACAUCUGGACUGACGAAGCUAGGAGACAGCCGGCUUCCAACGACGCAAUGUCUUAGGUGGUAUCGUUUUGAGGAUAAGACGGCAAUGCUUCUAACGCACAGGGAUGAAUCAUGUCUAUUAUAGGCAGUGAUUUCCAGCAUUAUGACGGGAAGUAGUCGGGGUUUAGAGAGAAAUAUGUAUGGAGAUGAACCGAGUUGUCCAUAGGAACACCCGUCAUCACCACUGCGAGGCAGCCAAGCAUAUAGGCACACAACGCAUAAUAAGGAGUUGCUAGGAUACAGGCGCCACGGAUGUUGCAUUGCAGUUUCUUUUUUUUCUUUUGCAGGGAGGUUCUAGGGUUAUGUCUGCAUGGCAUAUUACGUCGUUCAAGAGCAUGAGAUUCGCGAAUACCCUAUGACGAGGUAGUCCAGAUAUGAAUUAAUUAAUUGAGUGCUGUUACCAUAUCAU